CGUUGCAUUGUCAGGACAUGUUACAAUGAUGCCAAUAAAGGAUAACCAGGAUGUGGCAUGUUUUCUGGUCACCAAACACUCAUGGAAAGGAAAAUAUAAACGUAUCUUUUCCAUUGGAUCUAUGGGUAUAACAACAUACAAUCCUACUACAUUAGAAGUGACAAACAAAUGGGAAUACUCAGAUUUUAUAAGUGUGCAACCAACAAACAGAAAUCAGUUAGGAUUACACGAAUUUAGUAUAACAAUGCGUAAAGAACGUAAAGUUGACAAUAUGAAAUUUAGUUCAGAAUAUAGAGCUCAUUUAUUAACUGAAGCUCUUAAGUAUCGAAACCAAUUUGCUGAGAAACCAAAAGAGAUUUUGAGAUAUCAAGCUUACAAGCAUCAUUGGUCUGAUACAAGAUUACCUGUUGUGUUAGAAGUGACACCAUAUAGUCUUGACCAGUUAGAUCCAGCAACAAAUAUGGUAUUAGCCAGUUACUGUUAUAAAGAUUUUGAAGGAAUUCUUACAAUGAAAGAUUAUCCUAAUGGAUUUGUAGUUGUAUGUGGUGGAUUUGGACGUUUACAUCUUUUUGCUUCUCAACACAUGGAAGAAAUUAAGAAAAAGUUGUUGGAAUCAGCUAUGAACAAUUUAGGUAUCAGCAUAAAAGUUUUGAAAGAACCAAUCAAAUUAGAUGAUUUUAUUGCUCAGAGAUUGGGUAAAUUUAGUGGUGAUGAACAUAUAACAAGUGUAUCAGAAUUUACUGUUCACAAAUAUUCAUCUAGACACAUAGAUCCCCAAAGAAGAACUCUUUGUCUAUCUGAUACAUGUUUAUUAGAAAGAGAUCCUCAAACGUAUAAUAUCUGUACUCUUAGACCUCUAUCGGAUAUUUUUGCUUUGAUUCGUGACAAUGAAAAUCCACAAUUAUUUACUGUACAAUAUCUCAAUGGUCAAAUUCGUAGUUAUACUGCAACGGAUAGAGAUUCUUUAUUAGCUUCCUUAUUGGAUGGAGUUAGAGCAUCUGGUAAUAGAGAUGUUCAUGUCAGAAUGUAUGCAGUAUCUAGAGGGAAAAGACUUGCACCUUUUAAUUUACCUGUUGAUGAAGAGGUUGAGAUAUCUCAUGUUAAAUUUCUCCAACAACCACCACUAUGUGGACGUAGUUUUGCUGAAAUUUUGGACAGAUUUAAUGCAAACAUUCCCUACAGUGGUCUUAAUUAUUCUAUUACACAAGAUGAUAUUACACUGCUUGAAUGGACUGCAACAACAUUACAACUUCAUAUAUACCGUAUGAUGAAUAACUACUUGCAGGGUCUUUUUACUGAAAAUAAAGAUAAAAUCAUUCUUGGUGCUUUAAAUGCAUUAGUUAAUAAAGAUUUAGAAGCAAACAGUGAAAUAGAAGCACAAUUUCAUUCUUUAAGAAGAUUGGUUGCUAGCAAAAUUGGUUUUACUGCAUUUACAACUCUUCCUGGAUUUAGAGAAUCUAUUGGACAUAAGGUUGUAAAAGCUUUAAAGAGACAAGAUUAUGGUGUAACACAAGCUGCUAUAGAUUGCAUUUGUGCUCUCAUGCAACCAAUGCAUGAUGAUUGUGAUUUAAGACAAGAACAGUUAAAUAAAAGUAGCCUUCUCAGUAGCAAUAAAUUUUUGGAAAAUUUACUUGAUAUGUGGAUUAACCAUAUAAAUCAUGGUACAGGUGCUCUGGUAGUUUCUGCCAUGCUUGAUCUUUUAACUUUUGCUCUGUGCGUACCGUAUAGUGAAACGACUGAUGGCAAACAUUUCGAUAAUCUUCUAGAAAUGGUUGCUGCAAGAGGAAGAUCACUUUUUAAACUAUUUCAACAUCCAUCGCUAGCUAUCGUUAAAGGUGCGGGAUUGAUAAUGAGAGCGAUUAUUGAAGAAGGUGCACCAGAAGUUGCUGCAAAAAUGCAAGAACUUGCUCUUGCCGAAGGAGCUUUACCGAGACAUCUAUUAAAUAGUCUUUUUACUAUUGGUACUGAUGGUAGACUGUUAACACAUAGACAAUUGUGUAGACAUCUUGUAGGACUUUGGGUUACAGGACAUCCUACAGCUAUGGGACUGUUGAAACGGAUUAUGCCAGUUGGUUUAUUAAAUUACUUAGACUCCGAUGAAAAAGUACCCGAUUCAUUUCUUGAAAAAGAACGAUUAAACAACCGUGACAAUUUAAAAAUAGCUAUAGAUCACGCAUCGAAAAAUAAAAAAAGUCCACAGUGGAUUGCGAUCGAACGACAAAUGCGUGUGGUUGAAAAACAUGUUGAUCACGCUCUUCAACACUGGGGUGCAAGAAUCGGAAUCGAACGUAAAGAAAAAAUCAAAGAACGUCCGAUAGUAUUAAGAAAACGCAGGGAAAGAAUUAAAUCGGAAGCAAAUUGGAAUUUAUUUUAUUAUAAAUUUAAUCAAGAUCAUUCACUGCCGAAUUUAAUUUGGAAUCAUAAGACACGCGAAGAAUUAAGAACCGCACUCGAAAAUGAAAUCCGUGCAUUCGGUUCUGACAAGGAUUUGGCAGGGGGAACUCUAAUUGCUUGGAAUCAUAGAGAAUUUGAAGUACAGUAUCAGUGCCUGUCAGAUGAAGUGAAAAUCGGUGAUUAUUACUUGAGACUUCUAUUGGAAAAAGAUAGUCCAGACAGUCCAAUAAGAAAAUCGUAUGAAUUUUUUAACGACUUGUAUCAUAGAUUCAUACUAACAACAAAAAUUGAAAUGAAGUGCCUUUGCUUACAAGCAAUGACUAUAGUAUAUGAGCGAUAUUAUGAAGAUAUUGGUCCUUUUUCGGAUACAAAAUAUAUUGUAGGAAUGCUGGAACGUUGUAUGGAUAGAAUGGAACGUGAUAGGCUAGUCAUGUUCAUAAACAAACUUAUAUUACAUAGAAGAAAUGUAAAAGAUAUAAUGGAUCAAAACGGAGUGCGCACAUUAGUUGAUCUUUUAACUUUGGCUCACUUACACACAUCCAGAGCGGUCGUACCUACGCAAACUAAUGUAAUAGAAGCAGGACCACAACAACAACUAGUUAUGGAAAAAGAAUGGUAUUAUAAUGAUGGAGAUCAACGGAAAGGCCCUAUAAGUUUAAAAGAUUUGAAGGAAUUGUAUUUAACAAACCAAAUUACAUACAAAACAAAAGUUUGGGCACAAGGAUUAGAUGGAUGGCGUAUGAUCUCGCAAGUUCCGCAAUUAAAAUGGACGUUGGUCGCGAAAGGAACACCAGUAAUAAAUGAAAGUGAAUUAGCAACAUUAAUUCUAAAUAUUUUGAUCAAAAUGUGCGAGUAUUUUCCAAGUAGAGAUGUCGAUGAUGCGGUAAUUAGACCCCUACCGCGAAUGAAACGGUUAUUAUCUGAUCUCCAGUGCCUACCUCAUAUUGUUCAACUUUUAUUAACAUUUGACCCGGUUUUAGUUGAGAAAGUAGCUACUUUAUUAUGUGAAAUAAUGCGAGAUAAUGCGGAUGUUUCGAAAAUUUAUCUUACUGGUAUCUUUUAUUUCAUAUUAAUGUACACCGGUUCAAACGUUUUACCGAUAGCGAGAUUUUUACAGUUAACUCAUACGAAACAAGCUUUUAGAAGCGAUGAUAAUUCAUCAUCAGAUAUCAUGCAACGAAGCAUUCUUGGACAACUUUUACCCGAUGCAAUGGUUAGUUAUUUAGAAAACCAUGGAGCAGAAAAAUUUGCGCAAAUAUUUCUUGGCGAUUAUGAUACACCCGAAGCAAUCUGGAAUGCCGAAAUGAGAAGAAUGCUGAUUGAAAAAAUAGCGACACAUAUCGCAGAUUUUUCACCAAAGUUAAGAAGUCAUACUAUGGCCAGAUAUCAAUAUAUCGCUAUACCUGCUAUAAGAUAUCCGCAAUUGGAAAAAGAAUUAUUCUGUCAAAUAUUCUAUCUAAGACACCUUUGUGAUACUGUAAGAUUUCCACAAUGGCCUAUUCCUGAACCGGUACAUUUGUUGAAAGAUGUAUUAGAUGCCUGGAAGAAAGAAGUAGAGAAGAAACCACCACUGAUGACAGUAGAUGAAGCUUAUAAAGUUCUUCAGUUGACCAGUGGAAAACAACAUAAUGAGGCUGAAGUCAGAAAAUCAUAUUAUAAACUUGCACAAAUGUAUCAUCCUGAUAAGAAUCCAAAUGGCCGAGACAAAUUUGAGGCUGUCAAUCAGGCAUACGAAUUUUUGUGUAGCCGAAGUUGUUGGUCAACUGAUGGUCCAAAUCCUGAUAACAUAGUGCUUAUUUUGAGGACACAAAGCAUUCUUUUCCAUAGAUAUUCCGAUGAACUAAAACCUUACAAAUACGCGGGUUAUCCCCAAUUAAUCAAAACAAUCAAAUUAGAGACAGAUGACGAACAAUUAUUCUCAAAAUCCGCACCGUUAUUGGCUGCUGCUAGCGAACUUGCAUAUCAUACAGUACACUGUUCUGCAUUGAAUGCAGAGGAGCUUCGCAGGGAAGGCGGGUUAGAUGUAUUAUUAGAGGCUUACACACGAUGUGUUUCUGUUUUAAAUAAGUCAAGUAAAUCUACUGAUAUAGCAGUGCAAGUGUCCAUGCAUAUUACAAGAUGUUUCUCAGUUGCUGGGUCAUUUAGAGGCUGCAAAGAUAGAAUUAUUGAACUACCACAACUAGUUAAAGAUCUUUGUAGAAUAUUAUAUUUCAAGCAUUUAACGAAGUUAUGUUCGGUGGCCACAGAAUGUGUUUCUUCUCUUGCCACAGACAGUGUAUUACAAAUGCAGUUGCUACAAUCUGGAGCUUUAUGGCAUUUAUUGUUAUUUAUGUUUAAUUAUGAUUAUACAUUGGAAGAAGGUGGCGUUGAAAGAAAUCAAGAUGAAAAUCGGCAGGAAGUGGCGAAUAAUUUAGCGAAAUUAGCAGUUCGAGCAUGUGCCAGAUUAGGUGGUUACAUGACAGGAGAAGAUGAAACACCUGUCAAUCCUGUUACUGUUGCCGCUUUAGAAAGUUUAUUAACACCUUAUCUAGCCAGGCAACUUGCAAAAGACAAACCUGAAGAAAUAUUAAAAAUUUUGAAUUCGAAUUGCUCUAAUCCAUAUUUAAUUUGGGAUAAUGGAACAAGAGCAGAAUUGAACGAAUACUUAGAAGCUAAACGACAAGAAAGAUUAAACGGCAAUGAUAGUUUUGAACACGAUUUUAGUGACUUUAAAUAUAGCGUUCAUGUUGGCGAACUUAUUAUUGGAGAAAUAUAUGUAAAAAUAUACAAUGAACAACCCAAUUUUCCUAUAGAGAAUCCCAAAAGUUUUACAAUUAAUUUACUUGACUUUUUGUCAGAAUCAUCAAAACAUUUAGCAUCUGUAAGCAAUAUGGCAUUAGUUAAGAAAGAUCAACAGAAGUUAGAAUAUAUUGUUAUAUCUUUAGAAGCAUUAAGAAAUGUGAUUAAAAAUAACCCAGGAAUUGAAUUACAAUGCAUAGGACAUUUCAGAUUAUUAUUUGGACUUUUAAGCUGCAAUAAUUUCAAGUUAAUUCAAAAAAAUGCGCUUGAAGUUAUUAGUAAUGUCACAAAGAAUCAAGAAUGCGUGGAUGAUAUUGCGGCAAAUGAAGUUAUAGUACAUUUAUUAUUAGCUUUAAAUACUUUGAAGGAACAUCAAUUGCUUAUAUUGGAAACUUUGUAUGCUCUAAUGAGCUCCACAAAGAUCGUAAAAGAUGCAUUGUCUAAAGGAGCCGUUGUAUAUGUUCUUGAUCUGUUUUGUAAUUCAAGUAAUACUCAAAUACGCGAAGCAGCCGCAGAACUACUUGGCAAAAUGUCAUCUGAUAAAUUAGCUGGCCCAAAGGUGAAGCUGGAUUUGUCUAAAUUUUUGCCACGAUUAUUUAGUGAAGCUAUUCGAGAUGCUCCGAAACAGUGUGUGCAUAUGUUUGAAACAAAACACGAGAAUCCUGAAUUAAUCUGGGAUGACAACGCCAAAGCUAGAGUAUCGAGAAUUGUUGGAGAAUUAAAAGACGAGUAUUAUAUGUUACAAAGAAGAAAUUGCAAUGCAUUAUUAAAGUUACCUGAUACUCAAAGUAAUAUUGAUAUCGCAACGAACGAACCGGCAGUUGGAGGUGUGUAUCUUAGAUUAUUUAUCGCCAGUCCUGCGUGGGCUCUUAGGAAACCUAAGGAAUUUUUAAGUGAACUUAUGGAUACAACGUUAGCGCUUAUGUCCAAGGAAAAAACUGAUCCGGAUAUGUUGGAAUUAACUACACAAGCACUAGUAUGUUUACUUCAAGCACAACCAUGUUUAGCAGAUCAAGUUCCAUCAUUAGGACAUAUACCAAGACUUUGUCGACAAAUGGCAUUGCAAAAUAAUCAACCAUCCGUAUAUAAAACUGCAAUAUUAAUACUUCAUCAAUUAGCGACAAGUGAAAUUUGUAUAUCAUCUAUUUGUCAAACAGAAUGUAUUAGUCCAUUGAAACAUGCUAUGCAAUCUAGGCGAGAUAUGAUAGCAGUAGCGUGUGAAACGUUAAAUAGGCUAUUUUCAACUAACGAGGAUAGACUUAUAAAACAGGCACUGGAUGCUGAAUUGGUACCUUAUCUGUUAAAUAUAUUAGAGGGACGAUUGGAUGUGGUUGAAAAUCCUGCAACUACUAAAGCUCAAAUAGUCAAAGCUUUAAAAGCGAUGACCAGAAGUUUGUUGUUGGGUGAGAAAGUAAAUGCAAUACUGGAAAAAUCAAGUGUUUGGGCGGAAUACAAAGAUCAGCGGCACGAUCUAUUCAUUUCUAAUGCAACUAAUUCUGGUUACCUUACUGCUGGAACACCGGUAUCGGCUGGUUAUUUAACGGCUGGCCCCAGUACCACUUUAACAACUGCUCCACCUCCAGUCGACAAAGAAGAUAGCUUAAUUAAUAGAAAUGAUAGUAUCUGAUAUAGGUAGCAUUGUAAUUAAAGAAAAAAGUAAUAAGCAGUAAGAAUGCCUCUUCUGGAAAUUCCUAUCGGUGAAUCAGUACCGAUGUAAAGACUACAUUGCCUGUGAUUUUUGGCUCCUUAUGAUAAGGAAUUUAUCAAUCGAAUAAUGUUUUUGUUGAAUUUACAUUUAUAUUAAGGUUAUCACAAUACAAUAUGAUACUUUUUAUUGUGCUAUAUAGGCAAAUUAUAUAAUUAUGUAAGAUAUGUCAUUCUUUACAGAGUCAUCAGCGUGUGGCAAAAGAUAGUAUUCAAUGAAAGUCUAUUACUAAAGAAAUUUUUCUAGGAAAUGUCCCUCGAACAAAAAUCUCCCUCAUCGAUUCUAAAGAUUUUCUAGACAACGUUUCAUUUUAUAUUUAGCAAAUCUUCCGAUACAACUUUUCAUGUUAUAACAAAUGAACUUACAUUCCUGGCGAAUGGAGGAAUAAUACGUUCAAUGUUUAGCGUUGUUGCUGUAUCUGAGUGUGAUUAGUAUUUCUUGAAACGAUUUUUAAAUACUUAUAAAUGAAUACAGUAUACACUUGGUCCAACUGUAACUAUUCAGAGUCCCAUGUAUCAACGAAGUUUUAUUAUUUCAA